AUGAAGGGUUUCGUGUGUGAGGCGGGGAGAGGGAGGAGGGAGUUAUUGUUCGCAUCAUUAUUGGUGGAUGGUGUGCGAUCGAGUACAGAAGGUUGUGUUGCACGGAUGGUAACGAUUGGUGUUGAUAAUGGAGGGGAGCGACAGGCAGUGAAGGUAGCGGUGAUAGCGCCGUUGGCGAAGUUUGAAGCAGCUCGCUUUCAUCCUUGCAAGUUGGACUGGUUAUUGGAUUCGAACCGGCUUCAUCUAUAUCGAGAGACACCUGGGUCGCGACGUGCCGAAAGGUUAAUAGGACGGUGUUUAGAACAGCACUUGGAGUUUGAAAACAUACGGGUGGCAAACGAGGUUUGUGACGAGGCGUUUGGUUGCACCCUUGCCCAACUGUCACGCGACAUUUCUGACCAGCAAAGCGAAGAGGAUGCUUGCUAUGAUCCCUGGUGUCAGCCUCAGACUCUUGGUAUCCGCCGCCUGACGAAGAACGAACGAAAUCACCUUCUCGAACACAGGUCGGAGGAGUGGCGUCGUGUUAUCAACCACUCCGCCGACCUGGAAGCCUGGCGCGGACGCCGCAUUCCCGAGUGUGCCCCGUCUAGCCAUUGUGAGGCUAGCUGCAUAUCUUGUUGUCUGCCCUCCUCCGCCGCUAAAUCCUGCUGCACGCCUACCUGUUGCCUCGGCGUCACACUCGGUGCCACUGCCUUCACGGUCGCCGCAAUGGGCGCCUGGUGGCUCUACAACUCGGGCACCCUCGACCAUAUCUUCGGCAGCUCCACUUCCGAUAACCUCCAUUCCGGUGACCGCCGUGACGGCUUCAACGGAAGCGUCAGCUUGAACGGAAGCGUCAGCUUGAACGGAAGCGUCAGCUUGAACGGAAGCGUUGGCUUCGACGCCGCCGGAAGCGGUUUGGACAUCGUCAUUUCGUUAGGCGAGCUGAGUAAACUUCGGGUCGCCCAAGACGUGUGUGCCCUACUGUUGAACGACACGGCUCUCCGGCGCGCCCCGCUGGCCUUAUCUCACUCCUGGCGCCAGGCGCCUUGGUGCAAUGGCUACUCGGGCAGGCUCGUUUGUGGUUCGACCACGACUCUGGCGGAGUUGACCGCGAAAGCUUCGGCCGCCACGUCCAACGCCGUGCCCCGAGGUUUGUCGUGCUACAACUUCCGGUCGCCGUCCAAAUACGACCUGCCAACCGUGUGGGAGGCGGUGGUGCGCCACGACGCACCAGAACGGUGUACCGUCGCCUGCGAUACGCUCUCCAGCAGCUACCAACGCAUGGGGCGGUACCUGGCGAAAAAGUUCGGCAUUCCGACCAAAGACAUCGACAUGAAAAAAAUAGAUGAAGAAGUCUUAGGGCAAUUUGCGCACAACCACAAGUGCUCCCACUCACACCUGGCCCACCUCAUCAAGCCGGAGCCGCAAUGCAACUGCACCAUUGGUAUCCUCGACUGUUACGCCCGCUACCGGGGCGGCCUGGAAAUCAGGUGGGGGAGGCUCAUUGACUUCGAAACAAACGAAGAACAACUCUCCAAACACGUCUCUGGCUUCCACCGCCAAGGGUACAAGAUUAACCGUUGCAGCUUUGAGUGCUUCGAAAAGUGA